AUGUCUGGAGUUCAACCUGUUGCAGUAUAUGCCCUCAGGGUGCCCGCUGAUGGCGCUUUGAUCCCCGCGGUUCCAGAUGCUGCCGCUAUGUUCCGGGUGAGCAUGGCCGCCAUUGACCCCGAUGAGACCCCCGAGUUCGACGACGACAACACUCGCCGUCCUAGAGCGACUCUCAAGAUCAUCCGCCCACCCCCCGGCUUGGAUCUUGAUGAAGACUCCGAAGACGACUACGAAGAUGACUCCGAAGAAGACUCUGAUGAAGACUCCGAUGACGAUGAGGAGCUCAACGGAGGCCCCAGCGACAAGGAGAAGGCCCGCAAGCUUAAGGAGGCUGCCUAUAUGAAGGAAUUGGAGGAAGCUAUGGAUGAGGACGAUGAGUCUGAUGACGGUGAAGAGUUUGACCUUAAGGCUGCCAUUUCAAAGCUCGUCAAGGGCAAGGCUCCUGCCACGGAUGACGACGAUGAGGACAGUGAAUCUGAUGAGGGCCUGGAACUUGAUGAGAUGGUCGUCUGCACUCUUGACCCCGAGAGAAACUACCAGCAACCCCUCGACAUCACCGUCGCUGAAGGUGAGCGCGUAUUCUUCAAGGUCACCGGAACCCACACCAUCUACCUCACCGGAAACUAUGUUAUGCCUCUCGAUGAGCCCCACUCCCACUCCGAUGAUGAGGAUGAGGACGACGAGGAUGACUAUGAUCUCUCGCCUGAUGAGGACGAGCUCGAUAUGGAUGAGCUUAUGAUGGGUGAGGAUGAUGAGAGCGAUGAUCUUGAUGAUCUGGAGAACCCCAGAAUCACCGAGGUUGAUAGCGACGAAGAAGAUGCACCCAAGCUAGUCGACGCCAAGGGAAAGAAGAAGCGCGCUGCAGAGGAAGCUGCCCUGGAGGACUUGAUCGCUAAGGACAACAAGGGCAAAUCUGAUGCCAACGGCGAGAGCAAGAAGCAGCAGAAGAAGCUCAAGAAGAACAACGGCGAGGCCUCCGCCGUUGAGGAAAAGCCCGAGCCCAAGGAGACCAAGAAGGUCCAGUUCGCUAAGAACCUUGAGCAGGGUCCUACGCCUUCCAAGGAUAAGAAACCUGCUGAAAAGACCACUGGCACCCUGGGUGUCAAGGAGGUCAAGGGAGUGACUCUCGAUGAUAAGAAGCUCGGGAAGGGAUCUGCUGCUACUUCCGGCAACACCGUCGCCAUGCGCUACAUCGGUAAGCUCGAGAAUGGCAAGGUCUUCGACUCCAACAAGAAGGGCAAGCCUUUCUCGUUCAAGCUUGGCAAAGGUGAAGUCAUCAAGGGCUGGGAUAUUGGUGUUGCUGGCAUGUCAGUUGGUGGCGAGCGCCGCAUCACAAUUCCCCCUCAACUCGCUUACGGCAAGAAGAGCCUUCCUGGCAUCCCAGGUAACUCGAAGUUGAUCUUCGAUGUCAAACUUUUGGAAAUCAAAUAA